AUGCAAGGGCGGAGAAGGGCGAGGGCGAGGGCGAGGGCUGAGGCGCGGGGGAGGACGCAGAGGCUGGGCAAGGCGCUUGAGGCGUGGGCGGCAGUCGGAGAGGCCGGGCGAGCACGGGGGAGGGCGGUGGAGGGCCUGCUGCGAGCGCGAGAGGCGGAGGGAGAGGCGGAGAGAGAAGGGCGGCAGGAGGAAGCGUUCAGGGACUGGAAGGGGGCAUGGGCCGCCAGCCGGGAGAGGAGACGGCAGGCUGAGAGGAGGGGGGCACGCCAGGCGCUAGGGCUGAUGCGAGGAGGGUGGGAAGGGCUGGCAGCGGGGCUGGCAGACAGGGAAGAGAGAAGCAAGAGGGGGGAGAGGCUACGAGAGGUCUUGGGAGGGCGGAGGCUGGGAGGGUACAUAAGGGCCUGGAGGCUGAGGAGGAGGGCCAAGGCAGAGGAGAUGCGCCUGGGGCGGCAGCUGGGAGAUCGUCGGGGGCGGCGGGAGAGGAGGGCGCACUUCGAGGCUUGGCAGGGAUGGGCAAAGGAGCGCAAUGACGACGGAAAGGCCGCCCCUCACCGCCAGGUCAGAAGCUUGAUGCAAGCUCAGCUGGAGGCCUGGGCAGAGAGGGUCGUGUGGAAGCAGAGGACAGGGAGAGAGACCAGACAAAGAGAGGCGAGACGAGGCGAGGGGGCGAGGAGACGAGCGUGGACGGGAUGGAAGGACGAGUGCGCGAGCAAGGCAGAGGGGAGGAGGAUCCUUGCGAGGCUUGCACGGCGGCAGGAGGAGGCAGAAGCAAGGCGGCUGGUGAGGGCAUGGCAGGAAGGGAGCAUGCAAGGGCGGAGAAGGGCGAGGGCGAGGGCGAGGGCUGAGGCGCGGGGGAGGACGCAGAGGCUGGGCAAGGCGCUUGAGGCGUGGGCGGCAGUCGGAGAGGCCGGGCGAGCACGGGGGAGGGCGGUGGAGGGCCUGCUGCGAGUGCGAGAGGCGGAGGGAGAGGCGGAGAGAGACGGGCGGCAGGAGGGUCGAUGUUUUCGGAAGGUUUUGAUCCCUCGUUCGUCUCACCUGGCUCGCUUGUGUUUCUCUCAUGCUGUCCGUCGCGAUGCUCUUCGAUCGUCACCUGUUCCUGCUCUUCUUCCCCUUUUUCGAUCGGCUGGGCGGUCAGCUGACCUGCUUAAGGGCUCCAGUUCGUCUGCCUCGAACGACGUCAACCUUACGCUCCAAGUUUUCCUUCUGUGCGAUUCGUUUGCAGGGCAGAUGGAAUCUUUGUUGUCCCAGCUCAAGACCAACUGGAUCCAAACCCAUCACAACGUGAACAAGAGCUUGGGGCCCGGAGGAGUGCUUCCGGUUCCUUCCUUCGAUUUCGGUUUCCUUGUCAACCGAUCGGCGAGCCUGAUGUGCAUCGAGGAAACGUUUGACCUCCCGCUCGGCUCCGUCGACCUGGCAGACGAGCAGAGCUUCCAGCUCUUCCAUCUUACUUCGCGCCUCCUGCGGGAGCUGCAUGAGACCAGCAGCCGGGUCGAGAGCGAUCUGGACGAGCUGAGGGAGAGGCUGGAGAGCCGGCGGACGCGAGAGAGCCAGCUGAGACAGCAGCAGGAGCAGAGCAGGGAGGUCAAGCUGCAGGAGGAAGUGAAUCGGUUGACCCGCGAAGUCGCGAGGGCUCAGCUAAGGAUCGUGAGGAUCGAAAGCUUAAAGUUCAAUUUGACCCCUUCCUCCUCGUACGCCAGCAAGACCCCAGCUGAAUGUCUCCACCGUAUCAGCCAGCUGGAGAGCUACAGGGAUCAACUUGAGGAUGAAUGUCUGCGGUACAAGCAGGAAAAUGACGCGCAGGCUGAGAGACUUUCGGAUCAGAUGCGGGAGAACUUCGUGCUGCGAGGAAAACUUUCUCUCCAUGCUCGUUUGUACUCGUCGCAUCCCUUGCAUGAGCGGGAGGAGGGAGCGACGAGUAGCGGGGGAGUGGCAGCAUCUGCAUGCCAUGGCCCGUCGAGUGGAUGCUCGAUUGAAGCUGCGCGCGUUCCUUGCCUGGGCUGUCCGAAGGAUGUGGAGAGGAGGAAGCCAAGUGACGCGGCUGCUGCUCCAAGUCUCGCUCGUCUCCGUCUCUUCUUCUCCUCUCGUUCGUGUCCUCGCAAGUUUCUGCGCUUACACGGAGCGACGGGCUCGCAGGUUCAUCCUGCUCCUUCCCUUCUUGCGCUGGCGAUCACAAUUACAGACGAUGACGGCCAUGGAACUGCGAGCACAAGGCUGUCUGAUCACUUCCCGCAUGCUUCAGCGCAGUAUCAGAGGGAGCAGAGGAGGCGAGGGAGGCCAGCAGGGCUGCUGCUGUCCGGCGGGAUUGAGGAGAAGGAGAGCAGGCUUGACGGGAAGGCAGAGGGUGAAAGUCUGUCCCGCUUUGCUCCUGAUCGUCUUGCCGUCAUCGACGAGAGGAUGCGAGACAUCGGGAAAAACUUCAGCAACAUGAUCAACCAGGUUCCUUCCUCCCUAUCUACUGCCCUCGUUUCCAAGCCUUCGGUCUCCCUGUCAUCAUUCUGA